CAUCUGCCGCCGCCGCUGCCUUUUUUUUUCUCGUGCUCUUGAGAUCUCCGGUUGGGAUUCCUACGGAUUGACAUUUCUGUGAAGGAGAAGUCUGGGAAUCAAACUGGAAAUUCUCCUAAUUUUUUACCCUCCCUCCCCCAACUCCUGAUUCAUUUGGAAGUUUCAAAGCAGCUAUAACUGGGGAGCUCUGAAGAUUGAUGGAAUCUUUGCCUUAUGCAUUUGUUUUGUUUUCACAAAAAAGGAAACUUGACAGAGGAUCAUGCUGUCCUUAAAAAAUACAACAUCGCAGAGGAAGUAGACUGAUAUUAACCAUAAUUAAUAAUAAUGUGCCUCAUGAAAUAAAGGUCCGAAAGGAAUUUAAGUAAAAAUUUCCUGCAUCUCAUGCCAAGAGGGAAACACCAGGAUCAAGUGUUCCGCGUGACCGAAGACACCCCCUCAUCCAAGAAUGCAAAGCACAUCCAAUAAAAUAGCUGGAUUAUAACUAUUCUUUCUUUCGGGGCCGUGGGGCGGGAGCAGGGGCGAGAGGUGCUGCUGGUACCCGGCUGCUUUCGGGGGCAGGAUGGCGCACGCUGGGAGAACAGGGUAUGACAACCGGGAGAUAGUGAUGAAGUACAUCCACUAUAAGCUGUCGCAGAGGGGCUACGAGUGGGACGCCGGAGACGCGGGCGCCGCGCCCCCGGGGGCCACCCCCGCGCCGGGCAUCUACUCCUCGCAGCCCGGGCGCACCCCCGCGCCCGCCAGGACCUCGCCGCCGCUGCCCCCGGCCGCCCCCGCCGCCGCCGCCGCCGCGGGCCCUGCGCUCAGCCCCGUGCCACCUGUGGUCCACCUGACCCUGCGCCAGGCGGGCGACGACUUCUCCCGUCGCUACCGCCGCGACUUCGCGGAGAUGUCCAGCCAGCUGCACCUGACACCCUUCACCGCAAGGGGACGCUUUGCCACGGUGGUGGAGGAGCUCUUCAGGGAUGGGGUAAACUGGGGGAGGAUCGUGGCCUUCUUUGAGUUCGGUGGGGUCAUGUGUGUGGAGAGCGUCAACCGGGAGAUGUCGCCCCUGGUGGACAACAUCGCUCUGUGGAUGACUGAGUACCUGAACCGGCACUUGCACACCUGGAUCCAGGACAACGGAGGCUGGGAUGCCUUUGUGGAGCUGUAUGGCCCCAGCAUGCAGCCUCUGUUUGACUUCUCCUGGCUGUCUCUGAAGGCCCUUCUCAGUCUGGCCCUGGUGGGAGCUUGCAUCACCCUGGGUGCCUACCUGGGCCACAAGUGAAGUCAGUAGGCCUGCCACAAACAAAUAUGCAAAAGGUUCACUAAAGCAGUAGAAAUAUAUGCAUCGCCAGUGAUGAUGUACCAUGAAAUGAAGCUGUGGUCUCUUAAACACAAAACACGAAACGAAACAAAAACAGCUUUUGGGCUCAGUGUCGAAUCAGCUAUUUACUGCCAAAGGGAAAUACCAUUUAUUUUUUACAUUAUCAA